AUGUCGGCAUCAUAUGAUAUAUCAAUAAUUACCCAAAUAUUGCAAAUUCCUUCCUGGCAUCGUAGUGAAGAAGACAUUGCCUAUCUUAUGGCUCUUACAUCGAAAAUAGACUUUUUCAAAAAAAUAACUGAAGAACAAAAAUCACCUGAAAUUCAUAAAGCUUGCUGCCAAAUAAUGACGUUUGAAGAGCAUAACCCAGGAGAUAUAAUAGUAAAUUUUGGCGAAAACGGAUAUAAUUUUUACAUUGCUCUUAAAGGGUCGGCAUCAGUAAAUAUUCCUACAAAGAAAAAGGUCACAAUAAACAUCAGCGAUGCAGAGGCAGAUAAGCUUAAAAAACUGUUUUUGACGAUUAAUCUCGAAGAAGACGAUGUGUCUGAAAUAAAGGUCGAUCCAAAAAAGAGAAAAAGAAGAUGCGGCCAAUUUUUCAAUGCGGUCGAUCUUGUUUCCCUAAAUACUGCUAUGAAAGAUAAGAAAAAUGAAGGCAAUGAUAAUCAGCAGCCAACUGAUUUUGGAAAAAUAGUAGAUUUAUUUAAAGAGAAAAUUGAUGAAGAAAAAUCAGUAAUUCUGGAUUUUUUGUCUAAACAAAGCCCAGAAGCAAGGGUUGUAGAAUUAGAAACUGAGGAGUUAACUAAAGUCUCUAUGAUAAAUGAAGGGGAAUCCUUUGGGGAAUUGUCUUUAAUAAGUAACAAGCCCAGGGCUGCUACAAUUGUAGCAGAAGGAAAAAUGAUUUUGGGUGUUAUAUCAAAGCCAAAUUUUCAGAAAAUCCUUGGAAAACUUGCAGAAAAAAAGCUAAAUCAAAAGAUUGAAUUUCUUCAAGAUCUGCCAAAAUUAUUAAAACGAUAUGAUCUGGCAUAGCCUUUAGUGAUCAGGACCUAGAUGAAGUUCUCUGGUGUUUUUUAGUCCAGGAGUUGACCCUCUUUUUGUGGUAAAAAGAUGCAUAUCGGUGCAAUGAUCUUCAGCACCCUUGGAGCAUUAAAGAGCCUUUGAUACAGCUAAGAGAGGCCAUAAAGGAGGCAAAGCCAGUUUUCUCAAACUCCAAGUCGUUCGGAGACUGAGAGGAUCUUUUGUCGUUUGGUAGGACCCAGAACAUAUUCAAGGGUGAUCUCGCCGAGAGACCUCAUGCAUCACCAAUUUUUGGGUGGCGUUAGGAGUAAAAGGGCAGAUGCUUGGAUGGCGCUUAGCGUCAACGCGAAGUAAUUCGAGAGGCGGCAAGAGGCUGAAAUAAUUCCUGAUAACCCACAAGAAUUUUAUCUAAUCUAAUCAAGCUCUACCAAUGUUUUCGAAUUGAAGCAAAAUAUCUUUAUAUAAAUUAGGACCUUAUUUUACAACUAUUUUAUAUAAGAAGCAUCAAUUUGUAUAUAAAGAAGGUGAGCCUGCCAACACUGUAUAUUUUGUAAAAUCUGGAGAAUUCAAGGUAAAAAUAAAUUAGAUUACAAAAAUCCAUAGUGAGCUGAAAGGAGUUGUUGAUACCUCAUCUCUUGACACUCACUCCCACCCCUUUAAUUGGAACUAAAAAUUUUGUUCCAAUUUAAAGGGGGGUUAAUUUUUUUGUUUUUAAAAAAAAAUAUCAAUAUAAAUGUUUUUAUAAAAUAUAUAAAGAUUAAAAAAACAAAAAUUUCAAAGACUUAUCGAAUUAGAUCAAUAAAUUUGUUUAAUAAAAUGCUAUUUACUCUUUAUCCUUUAAAUCAAAGCAAGAUAUAACUAAAUUUUCAUUAUUAGUUAAUACGCCACUAUUAAUUGGUAUCAAAAUUAUUUACACAAAAAUUAUUAUUUUUAUUGAUAAAAAAAAAAAUUUUAGAAAAUUUAUCGAUCAAAGUGCUAAUUUUAUUUAAAUAAGAUACUAUUUAUACUCUAUUCUUUAAAAUAAACAAGAACUAAGUAAAUUUCGAAAUUUUAUAAAGAAUUCCUAUUGAAUUUAUAUCAAAACUAUCCAAAUAAAAAAUAUCAUCUUUAUCAAAAAUAACAAAAAUUUUUCAAAAAAAUUUUUAAAAAAAAAAUUUAAUUUUUUUUUUAAAAAUUUAGCAAUUAAGGAUAAUAAAUUUAUUUAAAUAAGAUUCUCUUUAUACUUUUUUCUUUAAAAAAGAGCAAGAUAUAACUAAAUUUUUAAUUUUAGUUAAGAAGAAACAUUUAACUUAUAUCAAAACUUUUUAGAUAAAAUUUAUCUAUAAUUUUUUAUUAUAUAAAAUUAAAUUUUGUUCCAAUUUAAAGGGGGGUUAAUUUACCAAAAAAGUGGAAAUUUUACCUAUAUUUUGUUCCAAUUUAAAAGGGGGGGAGUCAGACAAGUCGACUAAGCAGCAAUGGAGCUGUUCUGAGACUAGGAAAUAUGAGGAAAAAAAGCAUCCAAAAGCAAUUGCAAUUAGUAAUCAAAGGAAAAAAUGAAAUGAUAGGAAUGGAAGAAGUAUUGGAAAAUUUUGAUAAAAGGAUUCACUCUUGUCAAUGCAAUUCUGACGAAGGCGAAGUAUUUUGCAUAAGCAGAGAUGUAAUUAUCAUUUAGAAUUUGACUAUUGGAAUCACCUAUCCUGAUAUAUUUUGAUUAUCCUUAUGGAUUGCUCAAGUCUUUAAAUUCCAUUUGCCAAGCAGAGAGGUUUCUUAGUCAGCUCCAAAUAGCAAGUAACCUCUCAGAUUGAGAGCUGAUUUGUCAACUUGAGAUGAAUAAGAAAACUCUCCAUUGGCGAGUAAAGUUUAAAGGUUUUAAUGAUCCAUAAGGAUGAUUAAGCUAUACAUGAGCUCAAAUAAGAGAUAAGCAUAAUGCAAAUAAUGCAUUUUUCAAGCAUAGAGUUAUCCAAUUAACAAAAAUUGAAGAGGCAAAAAAAACAUUAGAUUUAACAUCAUUAAGUAAAUUACCUAUUGAGCACUUGGAAAAAGAAGAAAAUGAAAAAUUAUCAGAAUCAAUUCUUAAUGAACAAGAAAAAUCUUCAAAGGAGACUAGAUAUAGCGCUCCAGAUAAACAAUUUAAACAAUCUUCGCGACUAAUGACUCCAAAGCAUAGAAGAUUUAGAUCCUCUCCAGGGCCAGGCCCAGAAAAAGUAAAAACAAGAGAUUCUCAUGUCCUCGAAGAAGACAGAUCAAUAAAUUUCUAUAAUAGAAAAAUUGAUACAGGGAUUUUAAAUCUUGAUAGCCCUAAAGAACCUCAAAAUUUUACUAGUGUUUUUAAAAGAAGUACUGAGAUAAGCCCAUAUAAAACAAUGAUUAAUAGAAGAAUGGCUCCACCUAAUUUCGUUAGAAAUUAUAAACCACGAGCUUCUUUAAAUAGGAAAGCUGAUAAUGUAGCAGAAAAACUUGCUACAAAGUUUAAAGAUAAUUUAAACCAAAGCUUCAGAAAAUAUUCAGAAGAUACCUACAAAAGGGAAGAUUAUAGUUAUAUGUUUUAA